CACGGGAUUGUUUCCAUUUGUAUACGCGUAUAUCCUCAGAAAACAAAUUUGUAUGCGCGUAUGUAACGGUGCCGAGUAGUCCCGACCAAAAAGUAUACGAUCCGAAGAAACCCUACCUUGGCCGUUGACCAGGUAGCCAGUGCAGCGAAGAGCGAUGGGGACGAAGAAGCCGCGGCUCCUCUGCCUCGCCGUCGUCGCCGUCGCGGCCGUCCUUCUGACCGCUUCGGCCAAGAAGUCCGGGGAUGUUACGCAGCUCCAGAUCGGCGUCAAGUACAAGCCUGAAUCGUGUACCUUACAAGCUCACAAGGGGGACAAGAUUAAAGUGCAUUAUCGUGGGACACUCACUGACGGAUCAGUAUUUGAUUCUAGCUACGACAGAGGUGAUCCCUUCGAAUUUACUCUUGGGAAUGGCCAGGUGAUAAAAGGUUGGGACCAAGGGUUACUAGGUAUGUGUGUCGGCGAAAAGCGGAAGCUAAGAAUACCCGCAAAGAUGGGUUACGGCGAGCGAGGCUCCCCACCAAAGAUUCCAGGUGGAGCGACUCUGGUUUUCGACACGGAGCUCAUCGCCGUCAAUGGGAAGACAUCCGCUGGUGCUACUACCGCGGAGGGCGACGACAGCGAGCUUUGAUACAUCAAAGUAGCUUGACUUGCGUUUCUGCGAGUUCAUUAGCUUUACAAUAGAUUUUCACCAUGUUCAGAGUAUUACAGGACCAGCUAGAUUGUUGUACUGCCAAAUGAUCCCAGUGGCAAACCUACUUUCGAGCAUACCAUGUUCACCAAGAUCUUACAAGGAUAAAGGAGACAGAAAGAGAGAAUUUGAGUUUU